UUUACUAUGGCUUCAAAGAAGAAAUAUGGAGAACGUGUUGAAAACUUUUCUAAUAAAGCAGCUCGUGAACUUCUCUCUCUUAUUGAACAUAAGAAAACUAAUCUAUCACUUGCUCUUGAUGUAACUACGAAACGAGAGUUUCUUGAAAUAGCUGAUAAGGCCGGACCAUACAUUUGUUUAUUAAAAACUCAUGUAGACAUUUUGGUAGAUUUUGAUCAAGAUUUUAUUGAACAACUUAAAGAAUUGCGAACCAAACACGAAUUUAUGAUCUUUGAAGAUAGGAAAUUCGCUGAUAUUGGAAACACAGUGAAGCAUCAAUAUUCCAAAGGUAUUUACAAAAUUUCAGAAUGGGCAGAUAUUACAAAUGCACAUCCUUUACCUGGUGAUGGAAUAGUUUCUGGAUUAAAAGAAGUGGGAUUAGUCUUGGGUCGGGGAUUAUUACUUCUUGCAGAGAUGUCUUCUAAAGGUAGUUUGGCCACUGGAGCAUAUACAGAAGCUGCAGUAGAAAUGGCUCGUAGACAUAAAGAUUUUGUUGUUGGAUUUAUUGCUGGACGAAAAUUAAUUAGCGAUGAUGAUAAAGAAGAUUUUAUAGUCAUGAGCCCUGGAGUUGGACUUGAUGUUUCUACGGAUGGAUUAGGUCAACAGUAUAGAACACCUAGGAAUGUUAUAUUGGAAAGUGGCAGUGAUAUUAUUAUUGUGGGCCGUGGAAUUUACGGAAGUGACAAAGAUGUUGCUGUAGAAGCGCAACGAUAUAGAGAUGCUGGUUGGAAGGCUUAUUUAGAAAGAUUAGCAAAUUAAUUUGAGAGCAUUGCAGGAAAUGCGCUAUUUUAUCAUGUUUAGCAUUAAAUUUAGCACAUAUAGAAUGAGUCUUAACAUCAUGAAAAUAAAUAAAAAAAAAAAGACUAUUUGAAUAACGCAUUUACAGUAUAUGCGGAAAAUUAUAAAUUGUAAUUAAUUUUAAUCAUGGCAGGCAUACUUUAUCGAAGUUUUGGAUUCAAUACUUGAAAUGAAUCAAAAAAUUUUAUACGUAUGGGAUUAUUUAAUUUAUGUAUCUUUUUUUAUUAUUUAUUUAUUUAUUUAUUGUAAUAUAAUUUACUUGCAAAUUUACGAUC